GCUUAUUAAAUUCAUCAAACUUCACAGUAUACUUUUUGUACAUGUCGUGUAUAAAGAAAUCAUCCUUGCCAGGCUUAUCGAUCCAGUCGGCUCGAGCUUCUUGAGCCAUCUUUUCCAAAAUGAACGGACUCAGUCCUUUCGUCUCAACAUUUUCGGGCCUUUCGCCUUCAGCGUAUUCCACAGGCGAGCAAAAGAUACCUAAAGUGGUUUGAGUGACUCUAGGUUGCGAGUCCGGAGUAAAUUGAGGCGAACUUCUUUGGAGUUUUGGUACUUCUUUGAGGACAUAGUCUUUGGGUGGGUACGGUGGAAGUGUAAACAUUAUGGAUGUCAACCAGUUUUUGUUUGGUAGUUAAUUGUCAAAAAUGUUUUAUUGUCAAAAUUUCUCGUUACGUGUAAAUUAACAAUGGAAAAAAUAGCUACGGAAAAUUUAUUUCUACUAGAAUUUCUUGUGGACAGUGUCGCGUUGGAUAAAAAAUGCGAAUGUGACGCUCCGCCAGGUGAAACAUGCGUUUCGUUUCAAUUCCUGGACAAUGUGCCUCUGGACGUGUGCGAAGCCGACUUUGAACCCAAAAGGAACCUGAAAAGUGGCGACAAUGAAGCCAUCAAAAGCGGUAAAAGUUGCUUGUUUUCUUUGAGCCCGCAACAAGCCACCGAAGCCCUGGAACAAUUCGACAUUGCGGUGAGCGUUAUGAAAAAAAUGCAACCUGGCUGGUUACCGGAAACCGUCCAAAUCGGUAGUUCGAUAAUAGGCAUUUCCAACUUGUUCAGCGAGCUUAUAAGUAGCGUGGAAUUAUCGGACGGUACCACCCCGACAGCCAAAACCCUAAAAGACGUUUUCGACGUGAGCGACUCCAAAGGCAUCUCGAUAGGCAAAAUCAACGUCUACAUACGAAUAUCUUGUUUCGGAAAGCUAAUCGUGACACAAUUCCAAAUGAAUUUGGAUGACAAAAGUGUCCUGUUCAAAGACAAAGAAGGCAAAAGCUUGUACCGUUACAAAAAGGCCGGCAAAAAAAUGCAAAAGAGUGGAGGAGGGGGCCGUAACAGCGAUUUCCCUAAAACACCUCGUCCGGAUGCUCGAAUGCCAUCGGCGGGAAGUAAUUUCAACCAAAGCUGUCCUCAGGUGCCUUGCGAUCAUUCAGCGAGGCCACAAACAAGUCCCACUCCCAAACCGAUUUCCGGCGGGUACGAAUGUCCUUUGGCGCCUUGCGGACCUGAACAACAAAUGCCUUAUGGACCUGAACAACAAAUGCCUUCUGGACCUCAACAACAAAUGCCUUAUGGACCUCAACAACAAAUGUCUUAUGGACCUGAACAACAAAUGUCGCUUGCUGGAUCACCUUACCAGCAACAGCAAUUUUUAGGCUCACCACAAGCACUGGCACUACAACCAUUUCCUGGAUAUCCGCAGCAAGGCGGCCUAGCCACUCAAACAAUGCUAACGCCGUGCAACGAAUGCGGUUUCCUGCCGAAUGCCGCCUGCUUGCCUCCGAUGGGUGCGAUGGUAAACUACAGCGAUCCCGUCGGAACGACGGGACCUCCCGGGAUUCCCGAAGGAAACUAUCAGGAAAUCGGAGCGUCGAUGGGCGGCAACUCAUUGACCAUUAGGGUGCACAAAGAUCAGGGUAAAGCUGAACAGUUUGAUCCUAAUACGGGAGAGUUGUGUAUUUGUGGACCAGAAGGAACCGAAGGAGGAGCUGGUAAAAAUCAGGCAUUCUCCUUAAGACCAGCAGGAGCUCCGGAUACUCCAUUCUCCUUCAAAAUCGGCGACCAUCAACAACCGGGACCGAUGAUGAGAAAUACCGGCGGGGGUGUGGUGGUCAACCCGCCAGUUUAUACCGCCCCCGACGGCACCCAAAUAACCGAAUUCUCCGAUCCGAACAAGGAAACCUUCAUUCUGAGAAUUGGCAAGAAGAGCGAGGGCGUCGACAAGAAGAACAAUUUGGAGUUGGAAUUGCAAACGCCCAAAGGGCCGCCGCUGAAACCCAUACCGAAAAAGGAAACUAGAGAAACUCAGUACGACACGGUAGAUGCUGGCUUGCAAAGUGAGGCACCUGCAAAGGCUGCUAAACCCAAAGGCGAUAAAAAGGGCAAAGGGAAGAAAGGUAAAAAAUGAGGACAGAGACGAUGGAAAUCAGCAGCAAUCACUGGAUAAAAGACCUGCGAAAUAAUGUUUUUUUUCUGUAAAUUAACUUUUAUUACAAAAUUUAGACAUUGUCAUCGUAUAUAAUAUUAUAGUAGGGAGGAAAUUGGCAGGAUAUAGACAGCAGUGAGUAAGGUUUCUGUAAUCAUAAUAAGUCCUGAUGAAGGUUUCAAAAAUACAACCAAAACGCUGACAACUGUCUUUAUCUUGUCACUUUCCUUUGUAUUCAACAUUAUUAAGGACACAAUUUUGUCAUUUUAGUGAAGUAAAUUUUUGUUUGAAUUGUAAGUCAUUCUGUUACACCUUUAAGUCAAUUAAAAAGAACAAUAUUUAUAUCACAGGGUAGAAAAAUUUAUUGGAAAAUCAAUGAAAAAUGUAUUUAAUACAGGAUGUCUCACGAGAUUUGUCCCAGGUGAUAAUUUCGGAACGUGUCAUCGUAUGUUCCACUGUGUAUUUUUUUAAUCAUUUUCUUUAACAAAGCCUUAACAAAUAUGGCAUUGCUGAUUUUGUAAUUUAAUUGUCUAAAAUUGGAUGACACAUGUAGAAACGACACAAAAAGUACCUCAAAAUUUAAAAUACAAUGGAUGACGCGGUCCAAAAUUAUCACCCUUGUGGGACACCCUGUAUAUGUUUAUUAAUUUCCUUUCAGAUCUUUUCUUUUGCUGAUUUUUGAAUAUAUUUUUUUUUUCAAUGGACCAAGAUGUAACAUCAUCAUUUACUUGCGAAAAAAAUCAACUAUACACUAUAUUCAUUCUAGGAAUGAUUGUUUUUAACAAUAAUUUACCAUGAACAUCUUCAAGUGUAAAUUUUUACAACACAUUCAUUAUUGCAGGUAUCACACUAUACAAAAGGAGGAGGGGAUAAAAAAACCUCUUAAUAACUCAAUGGAAAAUUAGAUUUUUCUUUAUAGCUAAUUUUCUAAAGUGGAAGAUUUUUUUUUAGAAAAUAUUUUAUACACUAUGGCGAGUGUGAAUGGAAUUAAUUCAUUAUAAGUUACUUCUAUUCAAAUCUUCGUUACUUAUAAUGAGUUUAUUCAAUUUUAUAAAACUCACCCUGUACACAUUGAGCUUCUUUCUAACAAAAAGGCUCACUAUAUCUAAAACUUAGGCUAUAAACAAAGAGUAUUUUUUUGGUAGUUAUCCUAAUUAAUAUCAAAGCCUUUCACCACAAAUAGAUGUAAAAAUAAAUAAAUAAAAAUAUAUUAGAGAAUUUCGUUCGAGAAUAAACUUAUGGCACAAUUAAAUCUAAAAAAUGCACUUUUGAGUGUCUGAUACUUUUAAUUAAGCCUAGUUCGCACCAACAAAAUAAAUGAGGCCUGUUUUACUUUAGGAUUCUCCUUUUGCCAAUGAAAACUUCGUAAAGGUGGCAACAUUGAUCUCAUGCAUCUCUUAAAUCUUAUCAAUACAAUUUAUAUAAAAAACACACCGCCUCUAAAGAUGUCUACCGCAGCAGUAGACGAAACGUUAGGUAUAAAUACUACUCGACCAUGGCAUUAAAGCCCGGAAAAAACUUUUCUACUAAUACAAUUUAUGUUGAUGUGGACUAGGCCUUAGAAACAAUAUUUCUUAAACUAAAUGCUAAAACGAUCACUUGAUUCUUAAGAUUCAUAAUCUCAAUUUAAUGCAUAAUUAUUGCCUAAAAGUCGUUUCUUUUUUUCAAAUUCAGAACUGGACUAUAGUACUGUUACAACUGUCUAGAUUGUGAUUUAGUUCGUUAGAUCCUAGGGUAGAAUCUGGAAAUUUUCAUUUACCAACUAGAUUUUUUUGAAUUCUUCUGAACUUUUUGAAGUCUUCUUUUUCCAGCUACGUUUCACAAAAAAGUCUACUUCAAAGGUUCAAAAUGCAAAUUCCGAGUCACAUGAAGACUAUGAUUAAAUAGUCAAAAUGCUUAACCAAAGUUUUAAUGGUUAAACUUCAAAGUUCCAGUCUCAUGGACUUUUAGACUUUUUGCUUAAACUAUUUUUAAUAAUCAGAAUGUUUCAACAAUUUGAGCUUUUUAAAAACCUGCUAAGAUUUCAAGUUUUUUUAUAUUUGUUCUACUUUUCAGAAUCCUGGGUACACACUGGGUAUAAGAUUUGAAAACUCAUAAUAAUUGCUUCCAAAUUGAACAAUUUUAACCAGCCUACUUGUUUCAUUGAUCUAAAGAUUACUAGAAUCAACAAAAAUAAAAGGUCCCAUAAAAUCCUAUUAAGUCUGCACCAAAAACUUUCUUGCUUCAAGACUAGAUGUAUAUAUAUUUUUUUUCUAUUUUUAUAAAAAUAAUUGACCUAAAACAAUAUCAAUUCUUUGGUUGCAAACUACUAAUUCAAAUCGACCUCGCCGGGACUCUCCAAACGGAAAUGUUUAAUUUGCCCGUGCUCUACUAAAGGUGUUGCCAGCUCGUCGCUGUCGAUCCGAAUCCGGAUUUUGUUCAUUUCGGGAAACGAACUGGGAUGAUGGAUCUUUUGGAGGUCUCCAUUAUGAGGACUCGGUAUGGGGGUUUCUGAGGGCGAGUAUGUUGUUUCUAAGGGUGUGUAGGGCACGUAGAUGCGCAACACGUCAGGACUAGGGUUGUGAGGCGUGGCUCUCGGUGUGGAUUGAGCGCUGGUUAUUGGUUUGUUUUGCAUGAAACCUAAACAGAUAAAUGGUAAUUGUGAGUUUUGUUUUACAUACAUGAUAAUAUACGUAAAGCCCUGGUUUCCUCGAAAGCGGCACCGUCAAAUAGCGACCGUCAUAUAGCGGUGGAAAUAUUUUUAUGUCAUUACAUUUACAGUGACUCUCACCGCUACCUUAGAAACCGCUUGCAAUGAAAAACAUUGAACAACUUCUUGUGACGUCACUCGCCGUAAUGUUUCGGUCGCUAUUUGACAAUGCGGCUUUCGAGGAAACCCACGGCUUUAAAGUGUAAAUUAGAACUAGCAGAUAUUGUAUGGUCAUGUUAAUAGUAAACAGUGUGUUCAAAAAAAAAUAAUUUGGAACGUUCAAAUGUUCAAUUUGGAAAAUAGCUAAUUGGU